CAGGGAGAAAACAGAUCAUCCAGACGCGGUGGCUGAACUCCCCAAACUGCCUGACACACUGUGGUCCAGAGGGCCAACGGAUGUGGGUUUAGCUUCCUGUUCGCCUGUUCUGUUUGAGCUGAAAUCGGAUGCACCCAUCAAUAAACCACAGUACAGGCACAAACCGGAGGCUGACGCAGGUAUUGCAGAAACCAUUGAAGGGCUGUUGCAGGUAGGGGUGUUAGAACCAUCACACUCAUACUGGAACACACCUAUUUUACCAGUUGAAAAGCAGGGCACGGGGAAAUACAGAAUGGCACAUGAUUUGAGAGCUAUUAAUGCCAUACUACGCACUGAAACUGUACCUGUGCCUAACCCAUACACAGCUCUUACUGCAAUUACAUGGGACCAGAAAUGGUUCACGUGCACUGAUUUGGCUAAUGCCUUCUUUUGUCUUCCACUGCACAAGUCACUCAGAGACAUUUUUUCAUUUACAUACAGAGGCAGACAGUUCAGAUACACACAGUUGCCACAGGGCUUUGCACUGUCACCAGGCAUUUUCAAUCAGGUGCUGAAAGAAGCCCUGUCACCAUGUCAACUGCCUGAGGGCUGCACACUAAUCCAGUAUGUUGAUGACCUCCUAAUUGCAGCUCCUUCCGUGGCGGCAUGUACGGCAGCCUCGCUCGCAGUGUUGAACCGACUGGCAGAAUGCGGCUUCAAGGUUUGACAGGUUACAGCAGACAGUUCAUUCCGAACUACGCAGGUAAAACCGCCCCUUUAAGGGACCUGAUUAAGAAAGUCGGCGCUCGAAACCUGAAGGCUGAGUUGUCUUGGACGCCGGCCACAGAGUCCGCGUUCAUUUCGUUGAAGCAGGAUUUGUCGAGAGCCACUGACUUGGCCACACCAAAUUACGAUGAACCAUUCUACCUGGAUGUUUCUGAAACAAAUGACAUUGUAAAUGGUGUAUUGUUUCAGAAAAAAGGGGGGAGUAGAGAUGUGCUCAUGUAUGUCAGCAUAAAACUGGGCCCAAUAGAAGCAAGACACCCAACAUGCACACGACACGCAGCAGGGGUCACAAAAAUCAUCCAGAAAACAGCACACAUAGUAAGGGAACACCCACUGAAAGUGCUCACCACACACAGUGUAGUGGCUUAUGUGAACUCACAGGCGUUCACAAUGACCCCACUGAAACAACAGAGGUUGAGCAAAGUUCUAGAUGCACCUAAUCUGACAUUCACACAUGAAAGGAUUAACAUGGCAGAUUUAAUGGGGUCAGGGGAACCACAUGAUUGUGUGAAAAGAGCCCAGGUUGAAGAGAAAGUGAGAGAGGAUCUAAAAGCGGAACCCAUAGCAGGAGCAGAGGAGUGGUUCACAGAUGGAUGCUGCCACAGAGAUGAAGAGGGACUUAAAGCAGGGUAUGCUGUAGUUCGCAGAGUAGGACAGGAGUACCAGGUAAUAGAGGCAGGAAGGAUUGAGGGACAGCAGUCAGCCCAGAGAGCUGAAGUGAUAGCCCUGAUCCGAGCUCUGCGGUUGGCCAAGAACCUGAAAGUGAACAUUUACACGGACUCAGCAUAUGGGUUUGGAGCCGCACAUGUGGAACUGGCUCAGUGGAAGAGAGCUGGAUACAGAACCGCGACCAACGCACCGAUCUGCCACAAAAAGGAGAUGGAGGAACUGGAGAAGCCCCUAGAGGAUCCAGAUGAGGUGAGUAUUGUAAAAUGCAAAGGACAUUCACAGGGAGACAACCCGGUGGCAAGAGGAAACCGGACAGCUGAUGAAGCUGCAAAAAAGGCCGCAGGUUACAAAGGACAGAGACAAAUGGUGCAGGUAACGGCAGAAGAGGAGGUGAGCACCAACACCUUGGAGGAGGUCAGACAGGCUCAGAAGGAAGCAGCCCCAGAGGAAAAGGGGGUGUGGCAGGCUAAAGGAGCCUGGCAGGAGGAAGGUCUGUGGAGGAGCCCGGACGGGCGGCCAGUCCUAACGACCAAAAUGGCAAAGCAAAAGGUAAGUGAAGCUCACGGACUGGGCCACGUGGGUAUAAAACAAAUGGAGAAAAACUUGUGUCGGUGGUGGCACCCGGAGUUAAGGAACAUGGUACAGGAGAAGGCCAGAACAUGUCUAAUCUGUGGAGCACACAAUCCCAAACCAGCAGUGAAACCAGAGCCGGGUAAGUUUUUGAUGCCUGAGAGACCAGGAGAGGAGAUUGUUAUUGAUUUCACUGACAUGACUGAGACAGGCCCCGGUGGUGUGAGGUAUUUGUUGGUGUGUGUUGAUGCCUUGACCAGCUGGCCCGAGGCUUGGCCAACCCGGAAGGAAGACGCGAAGAGUUCAACAGGCUUUACCCCGUACGAGCUGCUGACCGGGAGACAGUUUCCAGCCCCUUGGACAGUGGUCUCGGCGGAGCAGCCCCAGAAAAGGAACAGGUCUCAUGCUGAAUAUUUUAACGAGUUGAAAGCCCUUGUGUCCAGUUUCACAAAACAGGUGACGUGUGAGAAGCCCAGAGAGAAAGGAGAGGUCCCUGAUGCCAAGGCGGUGUGGCUAAAGGUCAUCAAACGCAAGUGGAAGGAACCCCGGUGGACCGGUCCGUACGAGGUGACAGCCCGGACGGCUACAGCGGUCCAGCUGAAAGGAAAAGGCGACACCUGGUUCCAUUGGACGCAGACGAGAGCCUAG